CCUGCGAAGGAGCCAACCCCUUGGCUAGCGUAGCUGCAAAGUUGCGGCGCUGCCCAUUGGCUGACGUCAGGGGCGUCACAGAGUUCCUCGGCGGUUCAUUGGUGCUUUCCACGUGCGGGCCAUCCUCACGUGCUUCCGGUCGGGAUGAAAAAAGUGUGGCUGAGAGAUUUUUUAGGGAGAGUUUGUGGCAAGAUCGGAGCUGUCAGAGAUUUUGCUUUUUAUUUUUUAUUUUUUAAAGAGAGAAGUGGGGGUGGGGAAGGUACGUGUGUGUGUGUGGGUGAAAUAUGCACGUGCAAGCUGGCGAUUAAAGCAUCUGCCAAGGCUGCUCCGUGGGCAAAGCUGACUCUGACACUUGGGGAAACCCCAAAGCUGCAGCCUUUGGAAGAAGAUGGGUAGAUUGUGAGAAGACUUCGGGGGGAGGGGGCGGGGUUUGGGGGGGCGGUUUUGUUUUGAUCUUUGCUUUUUUAAAAAGAAAGGGGUGAAGGAGAGAAGGAGAGUGGAACUAUAACUGCCAAAAAAAAAGAAAGAAAAGAAAAGAAAAGAAAGAAGCAACCAGGAAAGAAAAGCGAAUCCCUCCAAAUGCCGGAGUCUUCGGACCUCCCUCUCUAGGACUCGCCACCAGCCGACAACAAGUGGAUAUUAUUUUGCACCCGGGGACUGCUUUUGCGCGCCGGUUGGAGCCGGCCGGGCGGACCCCGCCAGCAGCCCGCGGGAGCGGGGACAGAGGCGAGCGAGGCGGCGAGCCCCGGAGCUGGCGACUGACUAUGGAAGAUCAGACGGACGCUAAAAGUCUCCGCGACUCGGCCGCCCCGCCGGCCGCCCGCCCCGGCAGCGGCAGCGAUGGCGAGAGCGCGGCCGUCUCGCCCAGCCCGGCGCCCCCCUCGCCUGCCGCGCCUUGCCUGGUCUCGCUGCACCCGCACCACCACCCGCACCAUCACCCGCACCACCACCACCCGCACCACCCGCCGCCGCCGCCGCCGCCUCCCCAGCCGCGGCCGCCCCCCCAGCAGCCGCCGCCCCCCCAGCCGCCGCCGCCGCCACCGCCACCGCCGCAGCAGCACCGCACCACCAACUUUUUCAUCGACAACAUCCUGAGGCCGGACUUUGGCUGCAAGAAAGAGCAGCUGCUGCUCCUCGCCGGGACGCCCGCCGCCGGAGCGGGAGGAGGGGGAGGAGGAGGAGGAGGAGGGGGUGGCGGCGGCCGGGACCGAGCCCUGGAUCGCGGGGCCAGCUCAGGUAGAGAAAAUGUCAACCCUCUGCUCGGCAGGCCCCCCAACCCGGCCUCCUCGCUCCUGAGCGCCGAGUCGCCCGGGGACCCCGACAGUUCCGGCACGGCCUCCAAAGCCAGCCCCGCCGCGGUGCCAGCGGUAGGGACGGCCAAGCCCCCCUUCUCCUCUUCCUCCUCCUCCUCCUCCUCCUCCUCUUCCUCUUCCUCCUCCUCCUGCUCGGAAGGGAGUGGAACUAACCCGGCGAAGUACGGGGAGCGCGCCAGCCCCACCAUCCUGCUCAUGGGCUCCAAUAAUGGAGGAGCGGUCAAGAGCGACUCCCAACAGCCGCUGGUAUGGCCUGCCUGGGUGUACUGCACUAGGUAUUCAGACAGACCAUCCUCGGGUCCCCGCACGAGGAAGCUGAAGAAGAAGAAGAACGAGAAGGAGGACAAGAGGCCGCGGACGGCUUUCACGGCCGAGCAGCUGCAGAGACUCAAGGCCGAGUUCCAGGCCAACCGCUACAUCACGGAGCAGCGGCGGCAGACCCUGGCCCAGGAGCUGAGCCUCAACGAGUCGCAGAUCAAGAUCUGGUUCCAGAACAAGCGCGCCAAGAUCAAGAAGGCCACCGGCAUCAAGAACGGCCUGGCCCUCCACCUCAUGGCCCAGGGACUCUACAACCAUUCCACCACCACCGUCCAGGACAAAGAGGAGAGCGAAUGACGCUACCCCCCACCCGACCCCGACCCCGACCCCAGCCCCAGCGCCGCCUGCUUCACACACCCGGGCUUCGGAAGCUGCUGCCGCUGCUGCUGCGGAGAAAUCCCCUUAUAUUAUUAUUAAUUAUUAUUAUUAUUAAUUAUUAUUAUUAUUAUGAACCCGAACGCCGGGCAGGAGGCCGAGGACCGCGGGAGGCUGAACUAACCGGACAGACAAGGACAAUCCGGAGCAAAAAACCCCCAGACACACACAAAGGACAUUUUCGCCGCCACGUUGGAGGGGGACUGAGAAGGGUGCUAUUUAAAAUAAUAAUAAUAAAGAAUCAGAUUUAUUGUCUAUUCAUAGCUAUAAGGAUUCCGAUUUUAAAAAAAAUAUCCCCGAACACUUACAAAAAAAUUAUCUAUAUAGCCAAACAUCGUAUGACUUUGUAUAUAUUUAAUUUCAGGUAAGGAAAAAAAUGUGUAGCGUUUUCUAUUGGCUCUUCCUGUUGAGCACUCGCUCUUUUCCACCCUUCGCUCUUUCUUUUGUCCGCGUUUGUUUUCCUUUCUUACCUUGGGGUCUCUCCCUUCCUUUUUCUUCAUCUUGUUUUCGGAGGAGGUGUCUGACUCUCUCCAAGUUCGCUCCCCCCCCUUCCUUCCUGUGUGCUAUUGUGUGUGCAUUUUUCUGUCUUUAUUUUGUGCGUGUGUGCGUGUGCCGUUCUUUUUCCCCCCUCCUCCCGAGGAAGCAUAACAACAAUACGACCCACAGACUGCGAGACUGAACCCCUUGCUACAAGCCAAAGAUUUUUUUUCUUAUGUUCAGAAAUCUGUAGUCUGAAAUAAAGUGUAGAUUGUGUUCAGGA